AUGUUUGCGCCUGUUCCUGAAGCAGUUCCCUCUGUCACUGAUGCUCCUCCUGAAGCCACGACUGCAGCAGCUGCUGCAGCAAUAACUGUAGCAGGGACUGACGCUACAACUGUUCCCGCGAAAAUGGUUGAGCCAGACGCUAAAACCGAAUCUGAAGUUGCAGUUGGCGGCGAAACUAACUCUGGUGCUGGCAAUGAAACUAAGUCUGGCGGUGAUGCUAAGGUCGAUGCUAGUACUCUAGCUGGCCUAGUAGAGCAAGACGCGGUUAGUACCGGAGAGAAGACCGAUGCCGGAAAUAACACCGAUACGGCUGCUGUUAAAGCGGAUGCCCCGCCAAAGACCGAUGCGGCUGCUGUUGCGGAUAAAGCUGACGACAACUUAAACCCCGAUAAGGCGGGUGAUAUUGAGCCUCAGGCUGAGGUCGACGCUGCAGUCGCUGACGAUCCAUGGGCUGUAGACAUUGAACCAUCCGCUGCAACUGUCGAACCGGCCGCUACAUCUGUCCCACCAGCCGCUACACAGGGCGUGGAUGACGGGGAGGGCGAAAAGGAUGGGGAAGAAGGGGACGUGGAUAUCAUGGAUGUAGAUAGCAGUGCGCCGGUUGCUGGAGGUUGUGCGUCGCUUGCCGGAGGUGGUGCUUCGAUGAUACAAGGGAAUAAGGAUGCUCCUCCUCCUGCUGGUGCUGUGUUAUUGGGCCGUCUCGUUCGGAAGAGCUUCGGCGGCGUGCCGUACCUUGGGAGAGUGUUUCAUUACGACCGCGACGAGAAUUGGUACAAGGUUCGAUAUGAGGACGGUGAUGCAGAGGAUCUGGAGGUGUCUGAGCUGGAGCAGUUGCUGUUAUCGGAGGAAGAAGAAAAGGCUGUUAACGCGGACAUCGAGACCUGGUGA